UGCUGUCAAAUCAGUACCGAUUUAUAUUUUAUAUUGCUCUACGAAAAAACGCAAUUGUAAUUAAUUAACAAAAAAAAUUAUAUUUAUUAACACCUCUAUACCAGCUAUUAGUGUCUAAUCAUUGACUUGUGUAUUGUUCGAUUGAUAACAAAUUGCGAUAGAAUACAAAAUGUCAAAUCGUCGAAAAGACAUUUUCAGUGGUGUGAAAAGAAAAUAAGAAAAACAUUUUUUUUGUGUUGUUUCUGUUGUGGUUGAUUGUUGGUUGGAGCAUGCCAUUUUUAGUCGAAAAUUUCUAUUUAAGUUUGAUUAUCCUAAAACACGAUUAUUCCUAGCACCGUAAUUUCGACAUUCGACCAAAAAAAAUAGAGCCCACAAGACACACGGAAUAUGUUUUCUAGCGGUCUUCCUUCUUGCAAUUUAUCAUUUCCGAAUUGCCUAAGUGGAAGAAGUGCCAAAGAAGACAGUAGUGAGGAACUGUUACCAGCAAAUAUGGGAAAUCGAGAGCCUGUCAUUUUAAAUGUUUACGAUAUGUAUUGGAUAAAUGAUUACACUACCACAUUAGGACUGGGUGUUUUCCACUCAGGUGUUGAAAUAUUUGGAACAGAAUUUGCGUACGGUGGUCAUCCGUACUCGUUCACCGGCGUGUUCGAGAUUCAACCCCGAGAUCAUGACGAAUUAGGGGAACAAUUUAGAUUCAGGCAAAGUAUUCAAAUCGGUUCGACUGACUUUACGGAAGAAGAAGUGAGACGAAUAGUCGAAGAAAUUGGCAAUCAAUUUCGCGGAGAUCGUUACCACUUGAUGAACAACAAUUGCAAUCACUUUUCGAGUUCUCUAACUCAGAUACUGACUGGUCAAGAGAUUCCUAAUUGGGUGAAUAGACUGGCACAUUUUAGUUCGUGCGUACCCUUUCUCCAAAGAUGUUUACCAAAAGAAUGGCUAACUCCAAACGCCUUACAACAAUCAAUAACAGCCAUACAAGAUCGUGAUUCGGAAUAGCGAUAAACUUAAAGAAACUACAGAUUUAAAUUUAAAUUAAUUUUAAAUGAAACAAAAAUGGAAAGAAACAAGGCACCUGCCUUGAAAGAAGAAAUUAUUCUAGGAUUACGGUAUUAUACUAAAUUGAGUAAAGUAUGUAAAAAACAAAACAAAAAUUAUUAAAGUAAAAUUCAAAUCAACAAAAUGAUGAUUCAGCAUAAAUUAAAAAGAAAAGAAAAAGAAAACAGAAACAAAUAAUUAACAGAAAUUAAUUCAAGAAAAAGAAAGUUUAAAAAUUAUCUCUUAUUAUCAACAAUAAAAAGGACGAAAAAAGUUUAAAUGAAAGAAAAACCAGAAAAAGAAAAGAAAAUUGUGUAAAUUAAAACAAAAAUUGUAAAUUCAAUGUAGGAUAUACAAAAAUUGCAUUGUAUAUAAGACAUUGUCUUACCUUAUUAAGACAAUGGAGCAGCGAAUCAGCGGAACAGGAAAUCCUCUAAUAUAGAAAUUCGUUACAGUUUGGCAUAUUUUUCUUUAUUUUUAAUUUAUUUUAAACAUCAGCCGAUACAUCUAAGUGUUCGAGAAAGAACUCGAUGUUUACCAGAACCAGAACCAGACAAACACUCAAUAUUUAACGUAUGGAAAGAGCUUAACGACUUUUAUAACCGAUGGUGGAAUGUCUUCAGACGGAGAUACCGUCCUCGGCAGAAGGUUUAAUAAAGAGUCCAACUGUACAAUUGCAAUGACGGUCUAAUUACACAACUUUAUCUAAGUCAACCUGCAGUAUUUCCAUUUCCGUAUUAUGGUGGUGCUGCCCACAAACAUACGAAGUCGUUUGUGCAUUGAAGGCGGAGUGUAGCACCAUUUCGGUUUUCUUUUUAUUUACAUAGAUAAUCUAACUUUUAACGAUUCAUUUCAAACGUCAACCUUUACCACAAUCGACAAAAAUGCAUUCAAAAUUGCAUUCUACAGCCAUCCUUUUGACCUUUUAACUUUUUACACAAUAUCCGUCCUUUUCACAUGAAUCCAAUUUUUCAAAACAAUAAACUGAGAUGACUGCGUUGGACAUUGAAACGUUCAUCUCACAUUAUUAUAUCCAUGACAUGCAUGUAAUUGACAAUGUUCUUGAUGGUAAAGUACUGAAAUUUCGUUUAACUCAUUUUUGAGAAGUAGAUUCAAGAGUUCACCUGUUCGCCGCAGACAACAGAUAUAGCCAAAUGAUAAGAAAUUGACAAAAAAAUAAUAUUAAUUUGAUUUUCUUCUAAUAAAAACGAGCUGCUUGAUGGAGCCCUGGCUUCAUAGAUUUC